AUGGGUUCUUCUUCUCUCCUCCCAAACCCGAUCCUCUCCCCCGUGUCUGCUCCAACUUAUCGCUGCCAUGCGCAGCGUCGACUCAGUGGGCUGCCCCGAAGAACGCAGAAUGGUGAGAGGCUCUAUUCGGGUUCAGUGAAGCAGUGCAGGAGGACCCACCCCGCGCUGGCUAAGGCGGCGACGCCGCCGGUGGUGGCGGCGGCGGCGGGGGCGGCGACGGCCACUUCCUCCCCACUCCACGCCCUCAUCUUCGACUGCGACGGCGUCAUAUUAGAAUCGGAGCAUCUCCAUCGGCAGGCCUACAACGAUACCUUCGCCUUCUUCGAUGUCCGUUGCCCGUCAUCUCCUGAGGAGACGGUGAAUUGGGGGCUCGAGUUCUAUGAUGAGCUCCAGAACCGCAUCGGCGGGGGGAAGCCCAAGAUGAGAUGGUACGGGGGAGAGAGAAUUCCCGUUUUACCUCUUUUUUCCCCUCUGUCCUCCGUUUGCCAUUUAGCCGGAGAUUCCUCGGACCGCGCAGGUAUUUCGGCGAGAAGGGAUGGCCUUCUUCCACGAUCUUCCAGACUCCACCCGCGAGUGACUCUGACAGGGCGACCCUGAUCGAUGCGCUUCAGGUGGGCGAGCAUGCCGAACUCACCUCCUGCUCCGAUUUUUCCACCAAUUUCAUCCGAAAUGCGGCUUGAUUCGUCGAUUGUGGCAGCAGAAAACAUCAAAUUCAAGUAGUGUGGAUAACCCAAGAGAACCACAGAAUGCAAGCCGAGGAUUGAUCUCUCUAGAUUUCCACGCGUUGACAUUUUAUUCAGAUGUUCACAUUAAUUUCACCAAAAACUCCUACUGAUAAGUGUUUUCUCUGAGUGUGAUGGACAUGUAUUCAUAAAAGGUCAUAGAAAUUGUUCAUGGUUAUGUGACAUGGAGAUUGAUUGCGGAAUUAAAAAGUGUUUAUCCUAUGAAACCUUUUCCUUCUCAGUGAUUGAGAGGAUAAAGUCAACGUUCAGAGGACAUCAUUAUAUCACGAAGAAGAUCAUAGAUCUGGCUUACAACCGGGAGAUAUCACAGAUAUAUGUAUCCCUGCCCUUUAUCACCUUCCUCUGUGGACAACAGUAAUGGAAAUGAAUCAAAAACAUUUUCGAUCGAGAGUGCUUGAAGAAGUCGACACUAUAUUCGAAACAAUUGAAAUUAUUUAUCAAAACGUAUCCUCAUUUAUCCUCCUACGGCGAUUUAUGAUCUAUUUUCCCCCCCAGUUGCAGUCAUUCUUUCAGUAAUAUGCCCUCAUGCUGCUCCAUGCAGGACUGGAAGACUGAGAGGUACAAGGAGAUCAUCAGAUCAGGGACUGUGAGUGAUUUCUGAGACCAGUUUCUCUAAUUGAUCAAGUUCUUUGUUCGAUUAUAUAUAUAUAUAUAUAUAUAUAUAUAUAUAUAUAUUUCUAUGAAUGGCAUUAUAUUGAUAGCUUAUUGGUUUCUCCAUGAACAGGUAUCCCCUCGGCCGGGGGUUCUCCGCUUAAUGGACGAGGCUAUAGCUGCCGUAAUGUGGAAAAUCUAUUGGGUUCAUCAUUUGUUUCCUCCAGUUCAUGGCUUUUGUUCUUGGGGAUGAGAUCUUUUUGUUGUUAUAUUUUAUGGGUGCAGGGAAUCAAGGUCGCUGUUUGCUCUGCCGCCACCAAGAGCUCAGUCAUUCUCUGCCUUGAGAACUUGAUUGGGAACGUAAGGAACUUGUUUUUUUGGAUCUUCUUGUGAAAAAAUAAGAGUUCAUAUUCUUCUCUUCGGCCUAAGUCAUUUUUUUUUCGAUUUUUUUUUUUCAGGAACGGUUCCAGGGUCUGGAUUGUUUUCUAGCAGGUACUUUUACUUGCCUACUUCAUUGUUUAUUAAUUUUUCAGAGAUUGGCCAAAAACAUGAUGAAAAUUAUUUAAAAUUUGGGAUAGAAUAGGGAAAAUAGAGAAUAAUGCGGAAAUAAUCAGAAAAGAAAAAUUCCGAGAAUGCAGAUUGGUUUCAAAUUAAAUGAUCUGUAUUUAAUGGGUUUUAAUGGGUGUGGGGGGUUCUUUUCUAGCUGGUACUUUAACUAGCUCACUUCAUUAGUUAUUAUUGAUUUAAAUAUUGACCGAAACAUGCUGAAAUUUAUUUUAAAAUGUGGGAUUAAAUGGAAAAAUAAGAAGAUCAUGUGGCUCUGGAUUGGUUUCAAAUUAAUUGAUCUGUAUCGUAUGGCUCUGGAUGGUUUCUCUGAUGAAAAUUAUAUGAAAUGUGGGAUAAAACAGAAAAAUAAGAGAAUAAUGUCUCGGUUAUUAGAAAAUAAGAAUUCCGAGGAUACCGAAUCGGUUUCUUAUCUGCUCAUACCAUGAUAUACGUUGUUCUAAUCUCAACCCUCAUUAUUUAUGCUUUCUCAUAGAUUAUUCCGAAAGUCCUAAGACGAGAAACUAAAAUGUUCUCUGAUUUCUAUCAAUGUCUUUCUGUCAGAUCAUUGUGAUCCAUAAUCACCCAUAAUAACGAAAUUUUAAUUCUUUACCAUUUUAUACCAACAAUGUACCAGCUUUUGGUGAUUAAAUGGUUCAGAGCCAGCUGAGGCUGUAAUUCUUCUUAUUUUCUCAUUAUUUUGGUUGGUUGACUCUAAUUCCAUCUAGGUGAACUCUACGCGACUCUUCUCACUUUUUGCCAAGAAAUUUUGACUUGUGUUGACCCAAUUACUUAAUAUGGGUAUCAAAUCAGCAUGCUACCAUUCUUGGGUCAUGUGCCCUUGAUCUUACUCACUAUGAUAAAAUAAUCUUUUUUUUUUCAUGUUAAUAUCCUAAUUGUUCUUCCAAGAAUGCCACAAUGCAUUCGAGGAAUGAUGCCCAGUAAUUCUUUCCUCUUUUGCAGGUGAUGAUGUGAAAGAGAAGAAGCCCGACCCAUCAAUCUACCGUACAGCCGCAAAGGUAAUAUCACCAUCACGACUCAUGCUGUUAUUGCCGAAUUAUUCAUUAUUAUUAUUAUAUUUUAAAUAUUUUUUUGAUCAAUAUUUCACAUGAAUAUUUAGCAAAUGCCCUGAAACUUUCUCCUUCUCUCAGAAACUCAACGUGCAGGAGAAGAACUGCCUAGUAGUUGAGGAUAGCGUCAUUGGGCUUCUGGUAACCCCCCCACCAUAUACCCAGAUCAGCAUACCACCUGGUGGGUGCACAGCUGGCUGGGGUGUGCCCGGGCUUCAUUCGGGCCUGGCCCGUCGGCAAACCCCACCUUAAGUAAAUUUAAUUGAUGCAUUCUUUCUAACAGGCUGCCAAAGGGGCAGGAAUGUCAUGCAUAGUGACCUACACAUCCUCCACAGCCAGCCAGGUGACUCCAUUUUUUUUUUCCUUAUUAAUUUAUUAUUUCCUAUGUAGCUUCUAAGAAUCGUGAGACCCAUUUUUUAUUGCAGGAUUUUAGUGAUGCAAUCGGAAUUUACCCCGAUUUAAGUGACGUGAGGUUGUUGCCCCUCAAGCCCAGAAGAAUUUAAGCGUUUUUUUAUAAUUAUUAUUGAAUGAGAAAUUGGAACGAUGCCCUUUUUUUUUUUUUCUUUUUUUGACCAGGUUGGAAGAACUGGAGUCACUGUUGGGGAGCAUCAGCGUACCAAAGUAG